CUCCACAGAACAACAUCUUUCACUCAAAGAUAGUUUGCUCCUGGGUAGUGAAUGAAAGAUGGAAACGGGACCUAGGAGUAGAACAGAUAUUGCCCUCCCAACCCCAAGAGGCCCCUCCAGUGUGUCUGAAAUUGAACUCUCAGAAAUCUCACCACGUCGUGAAACUUCACUGCAGAAGCCUCCUCUGCGCUCACCAGGAUGGAAAUGGUUCAUAUUCUUGAAGAAAGAGAUGGAAUUCCUGGGGGUGACACAAAUUCUGAUUAGUUUCAUAUGCCUUUAUUUGGGAACAACGAUCUACUCUGCCUUCAAUGUUUCAGAAUUUGAAGAUGUUUUUUCAUCAUUUAAAGCAGGAUAUCCAUUGUGGGGAGCAUUGUUUUUUGCUACUUCUGGAUUUUUGUCAGUUAUGGCUGAAGAGAAAAAGAAAUUAUAUCUGGCCCGAGGAAGUCUGGGGGCAAACUCUGUCACCAGUAUCGUUGCAGUCACAGGGACCCUCGUCCUCAUCUUCAACCUACAGAAGAGUUUGGCCUUCGCUGCAUACUGCAGGAAUGUUUAUGAGGUUGAAGACUGCUUUGUGGCUUCUUUUUCCACAGAAAUUGUGGUGAUGAUGCUGGUUGUCACUAUUUUGGGAUUUUGCAGUGCUGUGGCACUUAUAGUGUAUGGAGUUGGAGAAGAAUUCAGAAGAAAAAAGGUUCCAGAUGAACGUCUUUAUGAAGAAUUGAACAUUUAUGCACCAAUUUACAGUGAGCUGGAGACCAAGGGGGAAGAGACUACUCCCAUUGAUUGAUAAAAGUCAUUCUGAUUCAGAGUAGAGGUGUGGAGAGUACCUGCUUAAAAGGUUACAGGGAAAAUGUCUGUUUGCUCCCCAUGCUAUUACGACAUUGUAUUUAUCCUCCAGAUGGAAGUGUUUUAAUUUUUGUUGUAUCUGUUCACUUAAACAUAUCCCUCUCCCCAUUUAUAGAUGUAAUAAUCUCUAUUUUCCUGUUUUACAUCACUAUCCCAUAACCACCCUUAAAUAGUCAAUUAACAUUUCACAUGUGUCACUGACUGUGUAGAUACAGUAAGAAGACUGGCUGGGGAUUGAUCUAAACUUUGAAAUUGUGGCAAUGCACAAUGUAAUAAUCAGUUACAUUAUUCCAGGGACCAAGAAUAACUUCUAGAGUUUUUCUCCUUUUCAACACUUAUUCUAAUAAGAAAUUCAUAAAAAUGUGCAUACAAAAGACUGUAAGUAUAAUCAUUACUUAUCUCUUGGCAAUAAAUGGUCAAAUUAAUUUGAAAGAGACCAGAAUCCAUAGUCACAAGUUAGUCCUGGCCCUAACUUGUUUGCUAUGCUGUGUGGACUUGGGGAAGUCUUUUCUGCUUGUGAGUCCGAAUUAGGAAACAGAAAAAUAGGAGAUGAUGAAUGAAUAGAUAGAUAAUGGAUUAUAGAUGGGCUUUUAUGUUAGAUAGAUGAUAGGCUGGGGGUUAGAUAGAUGACAGACACAUGGUAAGUGCUAGAUGACAGAUACUAGAAAGAUAUAAAUACAUGAUAGAUUUAGUGGAUGCUAACUUCUAGAUGACAUAGAUGCUAGGUAGAUAUAAACAGAUGAUAGAUUUAGGUAGGUAAUAGCUAGAAAUAUGCGAUAGAGAUAGAGAUAGAUUGGUAAAGAUAGCAUUAUUUAAAUUGACCACCAGAGACUCAAUAACCAAGUAUGGAAAGGAAGGAGGCUUUAUUUCACUCCAGAGGGCAUCAGCCUGGAUCCCUCCAGAAUGGCUGGGCCAUGUUUAUAGCAUGGUGGCAUGUGAUACUUUUAGCACUGGUGGGGGCAAGCAAGUGGGGAAUACAGAGGUAUGUGCACAGUGGUUCACUUGUGGGCUAUUACAACUCCAGAAGUAUCCUGAAUUGUUGCAGCCGGCAUUCCCUUAACUCUUUUAUUCUAGCAUUCUUUUCUUUAGCUGACUUUGUUCUUCCCAAGAAACCUGGUUUCUUGGUUCACAACUACUGUAUCUGCAGGUGAUCUUCGUUUUUACACACUUAACAGGCUGAUUUCCAUGUCAAUAGAUAAUGAUAGAUGGGAGAUUUAUUCAGGGAGUUGGCUCACAUUCUUACAGAGGUAAGAAGUCAUGACAGACUUUCUACAAGCCAAAGAUCUGGCAUGCACAUAGCCUGGCUUAGUUCAAAUGCAGCAGUGUUAGAACCAAGCAAGCAGAGUAGUAUAGCAGCCUGGGAACUUUAGGGAGCUCUAGUUUAUGUCCUGGAGUCUCUAAGCCUUUGAAUUUCCUUCUCCCAUGCAUCCCCCUUCAUGGAUGGUUAGACAGCUAACCAGAUAGUUAGUGCCUUUCAUAACACCUUGAGUUGCAACCUUAAAUGCAGAAUUUUUGAUAUUGAUAUUGGCAUAUCAAUAAAUUCAACUUGAUUCCACUUUGUAAAAACUCACUCCCACAUAUUUUUAGACAUUAAAAAUAGAUUCUCAUUGUCAUCUACUACUUAUUUUUAUGGCUAAUGGAGUAUUUCAUUGUUUUUUUUUCUUCAGAGAGCUGUAUUAUUCCCUUUGCUGUCACAUAGUGCUCUUCAUUCAAAGGGGCAUGUCUGUGACUAUGUUGUUCCAUUCAACUUCUAAAAUGAAGUGGUUAUUCCAUCAAUUUCUUAGACAAUUAUUAAAUGCAUAUAUGCUCUA